CCGCCCUCACCCCGUCACAGCGCGUUAACCACGCGUUCACAACCCGCUCCGUGACAGGCUGGUGGAGGGCUGAGGAGAGGCAACAUGGCGCACACCAAAACAAACCAGUAGCUGCUAGCCGCUAGCUGCUAGCCUCGUUAGCGCGGCGCGUGUCCCCGUGGCGGGCUUUCUCCGUGUCGUCGUGUUCUACUCAGAUGAAUAAGGAAGUGAUGUCGCGGGCGGUGAGGAAGCGGCAGGCGGACCCCAAGGUGGUCCAGUACGUGUGGGCCGCCAUUGAGGUCAUCCGCAACCAGAAGCAGAUCGCCAACAUGGACCGCAUCUCCAAGUACCUGAGCCGGGUGUUCGGGAUGCACCCCAAGGAGACGGGCCGGCAGCUCAGCCUGGCGGUGAAGGACGGGCUGGUGGUGGAGACCCUCACCGUGGGCUGCAAGGGCUCCAAGGCCGGCAUAGAGCAGGAGGGCUACUGGCUGCCCGGGGACGAGAUGGAACCCAAGGCAGAGGGCAGCAAGGACUGGGAGGCUGAGGACCAUGACUGGUACUGCUUCCAGUGCCACCUGCCGGGGGAGGUGGUGUCCUGUGACGGCUGCUUCAGGGUCUACCACCUCAAGUGUCUGGGGGAGACGGACAAGACCAGGGACCCCCACACCCAGUGGCACUGCCUCGUCUGCAGGGGCAGUAAAAAGAAGAUUCUGAGUAAACAGGAGAUGUGUAGAUAUCUGCGCUUCAUCGUCACGCGCAUGAAGGAGAGGGCGGUGGAUCUGAAUAAGAAGGGGAAAGACACCAAACACCCAAUGUACAAACGGCUGAUCCACACGGCCCUGGACGUCACCAACAUACAGGAGAACCUGUCUGAGGGGCGCUACAAGAACUUCGAGGAGUUCAAGGCGGACGCCCAGCAGAUCGUCCACAACACGGCCAUCUUGUUCGGAGUGCACAGCGACCAGGCUGAGAUCGCCCGGCUGCUCUACAGCGACACUUGUCACGAGCUGAAUGAGUUGAUGUUGUGUAAGAACUGCUUCUACCUGUCAAACGCCCGGCCGGACAACUGGUUCUGCUACCCCUGUAGCCCGGUCCAUGAGGUGGUGUGGGCCAAGAUGAAGGGGUUCGGCUACUGGCCGGCCAAGGUGUUGCAGCGCGAGGACAACCAGGUGGACGUCCGCUUCUUCGGCCACCAGCACCAGAGGAGCAGGGCAUGGAUCCCGGCGGACAACAUCCAGGACAUCAAGGUGAGCGUGCAGCAGCUGCAGGUGAAGCGCAGCAACGGCUGGAAGAAGGCCUGCGAAGAGCUGCAGCUCUACCAGCGCUUCCUGCGCGAGGGGCGCUACUGGAAGACCAAGGUGGAGGAGGUGGAGGAGGAGGAGGGCGGCCCGCCGGCACAGGACCUGGAGGAGGAGCCGGAGGACGUGGAGGACGUGGAGGAGGUGGAGGAAGAGGAGGACGAAGAGGAGGAGGAGAAGAGAGGCCAGGAGAAGAAGCAGAGGCAGGGGGGCCUGAGGCAGACGGCUGGUCAGGAGGAGAGCGGUGGAGGAGGAGGAGGAGGAGGAGCUGGAGGUGGUGGAGGGGGUGGAGCGAGGACGGAGAGGACGGACGAGGCGGAGUCCAGCAUCUCCUCCACCAGCAACGAGCAGAUCAGACAUCUCAAAGGAUGUCAGGAGCCCAAAGCCAAGAAGAGCCGUCGCAGUCAGGCAGUGGAGCCCAAAGAAGAGCCCGCAGACCCUGAGCCAGAGAUGGAGGCGGUGAGCUCCAGCCAGCAGGAGGUCCCGGCCUCAUCCUGCGUGGCCCCGCCCCCGGAGCGUCUGUCGGUGUCCACCCAGACGCGGCGGGGCCCCGGGGGGCCGGGGGGCGCGGCCCCGCCCCGGACCCUGCAGCGCGGCACGCAGACGGCCAACGACGGCGCCUGCCACAACCUCUGCCACGAGAAGUACACCAAGAUCUUCACCGACGUCAAGGAGAUGAUGAAGGCCGACAACAAGAGGGAGACGGAGCGGGUGGUCAGGGAGGCCCUGGAGAAGCUGCGGGGGGAGAUGGAGGAGGAGAAGCGCCAGGCAGUCAGCAAGGCGGUGGGCGUGACCCAGGGCGAGGUGGACAGGAAGUGUAAGCAGAUGAAGGAGAAGUGCAAGGAGGAGCUGGUGGAGGAGGUGAAGAAGAUGGUGACCCAACACAAGCAGCUCAUCUCCCAGACCAAGAAGAAGCAGUGGUGCUAUAACUGCGAGGAGGAGGCCAUGUACCACUGCUGCUGGAACACGUCCUACUGCUCCAUCAAGUGCCAGCAGGAGCACUGGCACGCCGACCACAAGCGCACCUGCCGCCGCAAGAGAUGAAACAGUCUCCUCCCUGAGCCCCGCCCCUCCCCUCUGAAACAUUGCGGACCCCCCGUGUGUCCGGAGAGAACAGGACGUUGUUCUCCCUCCUAUCCAGCGUUCAGCUCUUUGAUCUUUUAUUUAACGGACCCAUUUACCCAGAGUUCAGUGCGUUUCCCCCUUCCUCUAAUCAUGGACAGUUCAGAGCAUGGCUCAAGAUGAUGUGAUCUAAACGUGUGGUUUUUAAUUUAGCUUUCUUUUCUUACGUGCUCCUUUCAAACUGGUGUCCGAUGACGUGUUAUUUAAGUGUGUAGUAACGAGCUAAUGAGCAUUAACUACAUUUUAUUACCUGGAUUUUGUAAACACUUUUCUUAUUGUGAUGCGACGUGGCGGCCAUCUUGAGCGGAGGCGGAGACUUGGUUCUCCGCGGCGUCCGAUUGGCUCCUCCUCCAUCUAUAGAUGUAUAUAAAUAUCAACGGCCAGAUUUUAACAGUGACAUUUAAUCAUUAACAGCGUAUUCACCCAGAAUAAUCUUCCUUUUUAUUUUUAUUUUAAUAACGACAUGAAUAGCACCUUUUAUCCUUUUUUCCUUUUUUGUGUUUUUCGAUUUCUACUGAAAAGUCACUUAAAUCACUUAUUGAGAUUGGGAACAGGGUUUUUAAAGUUGGCCUUAGAGGUGCAGACAGAGAGUAAUCUUCCAUUUGAUGUGUCCGCACAUGUAAGGGUCGGAUCCCGAUGGACAUCGAUACGAAUCAAAGACGACGUUGGACAUGUUCCGUAGAGUUUAUGUUUUCACUCGUCUGUGCGGAUUAUUUGUAUUUCUUGAUCAUCUCGUCAAACGAAGCAUUUCAACCGACGGAAUGAAGAGCAGACGUUGGACUGAGCGCUGCCUAUCUCGGGAGUCCAGAGGAGCCGUGUUCUUGGCGUGUCCUCGGCGUGUUCUCAUGGCGCUCUCGGUCCGGGCGGAGGGAGGAGCCUGAGGACGGACCAACCCUUGGUGGCGGUGAAGGCGUGUCUGGGGGGGGGUCCGGGCGCCUCUCUCAGACGGAGCGAGGGGAGCGUCUCGGUUCACACUCCCUCCUCCGUGUGGACUCUGUGUUUUUCUACCUGACGACGGCGGCGAUCUAAUCGCCUUUUAAUGUUGGGGGCGCCGCUCCGAGGGGGCGGAGCCCUGGUCGGUCGGGGGCGUUGCCGCUCCGCGUUGAUGACUUCGGACCGGAGGACGAAGGCUCUGCCCUUUUUAACUUUCUCCCCCCGGUUGUUGGACCCCACCCCCCAGCCCCUCCCUCCCGGAGAGUUUCCUUGGAAACGGACCUGACCCGGUACACCUUGAGGAUUAGUCUACGCCCGGCGCUGGCGUCUCUCUGUUGUACAGGUGAGCUACGGAGAGGUCCCGCCCACACGUGGACUACGGACCCCGCCCCUCCAGCGGGUCUACUGCAGGCCCCUCACCACCACGCGGUCCGCUCCGGUCCGCUCCGGUCCGCUCCGGUCCAGGUGGUCCACGCGGUCCGCUCCGCUCCGGUCCAGCCGGCCGCGCUGCCACAGCUUAGCAAUCAUCUGAACAGACUCAUGUGUUGUCUUGUGUUUGUGAACCGUCAAAUCAUCAUCAUUUUGUUUUUUUUAAUCAACUUUGCACUACAUGUAAAUAAAAUCUAUAUGACCUGAUUGGUUUCAAAAAUGGCGGUCAUCCUGAGGGCGCCAGGGGAGGCCGGAGGGCGUUAUGUUUUGACCUGUGUGGCAUGUUUAGGCGUGGUCGUCGUGGCGACUCGUGUUUGUUUGGGCAUGCGUUGCGUUCGUACUCUGCGUUUUGUGGCCGCCAUCUUGGAGGUCCGUCACAGUUAAACUGUUACAACCUUUAUUUUAGUCGACUCUUUCACUCAACCGGAUAGAAAAACGCUUCUUUUGGUUCUCGUUUCUGAUUUUGCAAAUGAAGUUUUUUAUAUUUUUUCUCGUUUUGGAGCGAUCAAAAAGAUUUUUGUCGGGAUUUGUUCACGAUUGUGUCGAGGUCGGUGUAGGUUGCUGACGACGUUGCCUGUCAUGUGACAGGAUUACUGCAUGGUCGCCAUUUCUAUUCUGUCCCGCUCUUCAUACCAGACCGUAGACCGCACACCGCAAAUACCGACGAGUUGUCGAACACGUCCUCAGGAGUAGCGAGGGGUCACACCCGACUGUCUGUGUGGUCCGCGUGUUGCCGUAUGACGCUCGUUGGGGGGUUUAUCGGUCGAUGAUGUCAUCGUGGGACGGAUAUCAGUCGGUUAUCGGUCGGUGAUGUCAUCGUGGGACGGAUAUCAGUCGGUUAUCGGUCGGUGAUGUCAUUGUGGGUCGGUUAUAGGUCGGGGAUGUCAUCGUGGGUCGGUUAUCGGUCGGUGAUGUCAUCACGGGUCGAUUAUCAGUCGGUUAUCGGUCGGUGAUGUCAUCACUGGUUGUUUAUCUGUCGGUGAUUUAAUCGCGGGUCGCUACUCUGCAUCGCUUCGGAUGACAUCAGUGAUGAAUUGGCAUGGGGGGAGGCGGUCUUGGGGUGGGAGGCGGUCUUGGGGUGGGAGGCGGUCUUGGCCUCUGGCGGCCAUCUAGUGAGGCGAGGUGUAAAGUAGGACAUGCUGUCUUCUGUUCAUAUGUAAACUAUUAACCGUGGCUUAACAUUUUCUAUGCUCCUGCCAUCCUUUCUGUUCCAGCAUUAGCUAGCAAUAUGUAUAGAAAUAUAUUAUUCUAUGUGCUGCCAUGGACAAAUAAAUGUAUCAACAAGU